UCUGUUGCCCAGGCGCCGCCCUGGGGCGCCUGAGAGGCGACGUUGUUAGCGUCGUCCUCUCCCCCCUUUUUGGGGGUCGAGAUGUCGGGGCUCAGCCAGCCAGAGAUGGAGGGCUGUCGUAACCUGCUCGGCCUAUUGGACAACGACGAGAUCAUGGCCCUGUGCGACACCGUCACCAACCGCCUGGUGCAACCCGAGGACCGCCAAGAUGCUAUUCGGGCAAUAUUGGUCUACAGUCAAAGUGUAGAAGAACUUCUGAAGCGUAAAAAAGUCCACCGAGAAGUAAUAUUUAAGUACUUGGCAACACAGGGGGUAAUCAUACCUCCAGCUACUGAAAAACAUAAUCUCGUUCAGCAUGCAAAAGAGUACUGGAAAAGGCAAUCACAGCCGAAACUGAAAGACACACCGGAGCCAGUUGCGAAGAGAGAAGCCCUCCAACUCUUUGAAAAACAGGAAACGCAAGAUAAAAAAGCUGAAAAAGUUGAUAUUCGACGACUAGGAGAAGAAUUUUGUCAUUGGUUCUUUGAGCGUCUUAAUUCUCAGAACCCUUUGCUGGGACCACCACAUGCUGACUGGGGACCACAGCACUUCUGGCACGAUGUCAAGCUCAGGUUUUAUUACAAUACAUCAGAAAAAAAUGUGACAGAUUACCAUGGAGCAGAAAUCGUGAGCCUUCGUUUGCUAUCACUAGUGAAAGAAGAAUUUCUUUUUCUUAGUCCCAACUUAGAUUCCCGUGGACUGAAGUGUGCGUCGUCUCCUCACGGGCUAGUUAUGGUUGGGGUUGCUGGCACUGUCCACCGAGGGAACACUUGCUUGGGCAUUUUUGAACAAGUUUUUGGACUCAUCCGCUGCCCUUUUGUGGAAAAUACUUGGAAAAUCAAAUUUAUCAAUCUGAGAAUUGUUGGAGAGAGUUCACUUGCUCCGGGAACAUUACAGACACCAAGUGUUACAUUUGAGCCAAGUGAUUUAGAGGCCUUUUAUAAUGUGAUCUCGCUUUGUGGGACCAACGAAGCCCGACUCAAUGGAAAGCAAACAGUGGAUAGUGGAACUGGAGACCAAGCUUUCUGCACUGGAAAUGAAGCACUGUUGAGCAAAAGAGAACUGAGUUCAGCUCAGAAGCACUGAGUAUCAUCGUUACCACAAACACCUUCUACACAGACACUUCCAAAUACCGUCUCAGUAAUGUCCAAUUGAUUUCAAUUGCCGACAAACUGACAUGCAAAUACUUGCCUAUUUCAACAUGAGUUGUAGCCAGUGUUUUGAGAACAUAAUGCAGUUCAUCAAAUAAAUCCCACUUAGAUGUUAUAGCUGAUUGUGCGCCUUAGAAACAGGGGAACACUUUCAUUUUACUCAAUGCUUUUCAAGUGGGAAAGGAUUAAUAGUAUUCAGAGCUUCAGCUUAUAUUUCUUCCUUGCUUUUGUGUAAUUCUAGAUAAUUAGAUAUUUCACAAAUGCAUCUUACAACAGUAUUGCAAAACAAAACAAAAAAAUGUAGAGUUAUAUGUCAUGUUUUCAUUUUAGAAAGCAUGAAAGAUAGGAUGUUUCUAAUGCAAAACACCCAAUAAUACAGCAAUUGGAGAAAAUACACUUGUUUAAAUAUUUGACAAAUGCUUUUCAGCUGUCUGUUACAGUGCAUAGGAAAUAUCUUAGAUAACAUUUAACAUUUUCUGAACUAUUUGGGGAAUGAUAAAUGCUGUUCCCAAACAGACCUUAUUCUUACUUAAGUCUUGACAGUUUUAUAGAGCAUUUUUGUUAGCACUUUGUGAAAGAGACAUACUGUUGAAAUUUUUUAAAAGAUGUAUUAGGUUUCUAACUUUUAAACAACUUAUUCUUUCUUUUAGUUAAUCUUGAAAGAGGUCACGAAAAACUGCAGUGUUUCAAUAUGUGCAUGCAGACAUGUAUAUAGAUACAUCAUAAAUUAGAAUCAUUGGGAGUUAACUGCUUCUAAAUUUCUUUACUAUAUUUGAGUUACAGGUUGAGUUCCCAGAUUAAAUCCAUAAUUGCUCAAAGUUCAAAAUCCUUACCACCCAGCAAGUGUAUUUAGUUUUAAUUUACAGAAGUGCUAUUGGAAAUUGUGAGAAUGUAUUAUACAUGUGAAGUUUUAUCUAACUGCUCAUGAUCAUCUAGUGUGAUUGAUUGAAGAGCGAUGGAAGCAAGAGGAAAAAAUGUCUCUUUUAAAAAUAAUUCUCUGCCGUUUAUGAGGAGUGUAAUCUGAUGUGGCCUAAAACAAGAACCUAAUAAAGGAGGGAAAUCCCCGUUGCUUGCUGUAAUCGUAGUGCAUUGCUUAGAUUUAAUUUACGUUUGCCUUAUUCGUAGAUAAUAAAGGUUAGGCUUCCAAAAUAAAGCAGAUGUUACCACUGCUUGCUAGACUGUUAGUGUGAGAUAAUUAGUUAAUAAAGAAACAGCAGUUGACAAAAAUAAUUGCCUCUUACACUUUAUACACAUUCAGGUCACAAAUCCACCUUUACCCUUUCUAUGUUUAUUGAGAGAAUGAGUAACUAAAGCUAAAUUGUUUCUUCUGCCUUAAAGCCUCCACUUAUUAAGUGCAAUAGAUAUAUAUCCUAAGUUAAGGAUAAAAUCUUUAAAAAACAACAACAAAAAUCUGUUUUCUUUGUGCAAUUCAUGUCAACUGCUGCAUAGAUGAUACUGAAUUACUUCUAGUUAUCUUAAUUAUUUUGUAUCAAUAAAACCACAGUAAGAGUCCAA